AUGGUUACAUUGCAGAUAUUGUUCUUGAUUUUAUGCUCUCUGUCACAAGCCACGGGCUGCUUCCAACUCAUCACCCCCUCGAAAUGGGGAGCCAAGCCGGCCAAUUGCUCCCAACCUUUGAGAGACGUCCCGCCUGAGUACGUUGUCAUCAUCCAUACAGCUGGCAACCCCUGCAGGACUCACGCCGACUGCCGUAAGGAAGUCAAGAACAUCCAAGACUUCCACAUGAACCUCAAAGGGUGGUGUGAUAUUGCGUACAGUUUCCUGAUUGGUGAAGAUGGAUAUGUGUAUGAAGGACGGGGUUGGCGCAACGAAGGAUCCCACACCUAUGGGUACAAUGACCUCUCCCUGGGAAUCGCUUUCAUUGGCACUUUUGUGGAGAGGUCUCCUCAAGAUGUCGCUUGGAAAGCGCUGAGAUGUUUCCUUAAUUUCUCAGUGAAGAUUGGCUACCUGGCACCAGAAUAUAUAUUAUUGGCCCACAGCGAUGUCAGUGACCUCGUAUCCCCCGGAGAGUUUGUCCGUGCUGAAAUUUCCAAGUGGCCAAACUACAAGCAUUCCUUCUACGUUUUGGAUCGCG